UGAAACAGAAUUCCUUUGAGAAACUGGACUAAAAGUCGCUCCAUUUGUGCGAAGUCACGACUCGUCAGACGAUAUAAACGCGCUCAGGUCGCAGUUGAGCCGCUUUUUGUCCUUUUUAAAAAUUGGUUAAAGCAAAGAAAUGGGCGAAAAAGAGUUGCAGAGCGCAGCUGGAGUGAAGUAUUACCGGCUGUCGGAGGUGGAGGAGCACAACACCUUUAAAUCCACCUGGAUCAUCAUCAACCACAACAUCUACGACGUCACAAAGUUCCUGGAGGAGCAUCCUGGAGGAGGGGUGCUGAGGGAGCAGGCGGGAGGAGACGCCACCGAGAGCUUCGAGGACGUCGGCCACUCCACCGACGCCAGAGAGAUGGCGAGCGGCAUGGCGAUCGGCCAGCUGCACCCGGAUGACAGAGACAAGCUCGCCAAACCGGCGGAAUCGAACGUCACUCCUGUGAAAGACGACAACAGCUGGUGGGUGAACUGGAUCAUUCCCAUCCUGUCGGCGGCCAUCAUCACACUCUUGUACCGUAUCUUCAUCGCAGACAAAGAGUGAUGUCAUCAAAGCAGGACACGCCUCUCUGCUGUCCCCCACGUGCACUAUGUCCACAUUCCCCAAUUUCUAAUCGACAGCUGCACCAGCCAAUGACUGUGUCUGAACCCUGAGGCUCCUCCCAGCACUAAACAGCCGUCCUGGAUCAGAUGGACCGACUGUCAGACUGAAGAACACCUGAGGACAUCAUCUGAUGGAGACGCUGUCCUCAGGAGGGUCCAGUGACUCCAUGCUGCGUACGACAUUCCACAGAACUACAGUACCCACAAAGCAUUUCACUGUGUAACCAGUCACAUGGCAACAACUGUUUCAAUAUAAAAUUUCAGGUUCCGUUUUUGUUGGUGUCCAACGUACAGGCAGUUCUGUUAGCUAGCUGUGUCACUGAAUUGUUUGCUAAUAAUCUGAAUUUAAAAUGAUCUGUGUUGUUACAUGCUCAUUAGCCCAGGCUAGCCACUGUCGCUGCUGGACUAGGCUAGCUUGCUGCUGUCUGUUGGUUGUUACCCGUUUCCCGCCUCAUAAACUUUAUCCACCUGUUUGGAGUCCAUCCCAAUCCAAUAUAACGAAUCAACAUGUUUGUCUUACACGACACAUCUAGCUAACAGAAGACCCCCCUACAGGUUGGAUGCUAACAGGUCAUCCUGUGAUUGGCUGGCAGCGUGCUGUAGUGUGUCAGAGGUCGUGGUGGUUAAUCUCACGUGGAUCGCUGCAGAGAACAUUUCACGCUGAAAUUAUUUCAAAUUUUGUUUGAAGAUUUACAGCCAAACUGCUCAUGUGACCGUAAAGAUUCUGCUUAUGUUUCUCUGGGUACAAAAAUUUUUUGGAAUUCCUCAGUAAUGAUGCAACACGUUAGAAUGAUUUAGUCGUAAUAAUUAUAAUAAUAAUAAUGUUUAGUUUGUGUCUUUGCACCUGAUUCUAAAUGAGGUUAAACGCAGAUCCGCUGCACUUUUUUUUUUUUUUUUAAUUUUUGUGUUCUGUUUGUGACACAGUGAAUGAAGUGUAAUUCUGAAGGAUGCACACAAACAUUUGUUGCAUAUUAAACCUCAAUCAGCUCUUUGCGGCUCAAACCAAUACGUGACCUUUUGCGUCUGUGCAGCUAAGUGCCUUUUUGUAAAACCAGUUUAAAGUUCUUGUUUGACAAAUUGAUGUUUUGGGCCAAAAUGUCUUGUGAAAUGAAAACAAGAAUUUAAAUGGCAUUAUUUACUGUAAUUUUACUGCUUUUUGUAGUAAAAUGAUUGUCAUACCUU